AUGACAACUGCGCCGAGCGCUCUACCUUCUUGCACGCUUGUUGCUCCCGGUUCGAACGAUGGGUGCGCCAACCAGCACUGCUACUGCCCGUCCGGAGGCGGAGUCGUUGUCCCUCCUUUGACAAGUGUUAUCUCCGGCACUACAACUACCGACUGCUCCUACACCACCCAGCCCUCAAUCGACAGUUGUCCGCCAGCACCAUUGACCAGCACGACGUCGUCAACCACCCUCACAACUAGCACUACAGCAGCUGCCUCACCUACUGUUGGACCGAUAACCUGCAACACAUACGAGACCAGCUACAGCCACUGCUGGACCGACAUCGACGCCAAAACAGUCAACACAACGGCCGAUGCGAUGAUUGGAACCCAACUUCCGAACGGGCCAAUGACGUCGGGGACUCCGAAUAGCACUGAGGUCGUGACGGUGAAAGGGUUGAAUUACUUUAUAAAUAUUGGCUGGAUUCCCGGAUGUGUUGCGGUGGACUCACAAAAUCCAGCCAAUCCUAUUGCGAGUGAUCAGUCCAUUGCAACAAGGGACAUCCUAUGGCAAACUUAUAAUGACUGUCCUGACAAUCAUGGAAUUGGCGGCUAUUCAGACACCGUUUGCUUGAGGAUCGGGUUCUUCCCAACCAAGGUUGAAAAGGUGGGCGGUAAUCCUCCUGCUGUAACGAACUAUUGGAACGACCCAGUAUACUGCUAG